CUUCGUCCAGCCCUAGCUAGAACAGCACUCAUCUUAACCUGUAUAAACACACAUAAACACACAACUCCAAGAACACACGCCAAGAAACCAAAGAAAAGCAAGCAGCCAUGGGGGUGGAAAUCCUGAGCUCCACGGUGGAGCACUCCUCCCAGUACUCUUCCAGCGCGUCCACGGCCACGACGGAGUCAGGCGCCGCCGGAAGAUCGCCGAUGGCUCUGAGCCUGCCAGUCGUCAUCGCCGACGAGUCCGUGACCUCGCGGUCGACAUCGGCACAGUUGGCGUCGUCGCGGUUCAAGGGCGUGGUGCCGCAGCCCAACGGGCGGUGGGGCGCCCAGAUCUACGAGCGCCACGCUCGCGUCUGGCUCGGCACGUUCCCGGACCAGGACUUGGCGGCGCGCGCCUACGACGUAGCCGCGCUCAGGUACCGCGGCCGCGAUGCCGCCACCAACUUCCCGUGCGCGGCCGCGGAGGCGGAGCUCGCCUUCCUGGCAGCGCACUCCAAGGCCGAGAUCGUCGACAUGCUCCGGAAGCACACCUACGCUGACGAGCUCCGCCAGGGUCUGAGACGCGGCCGCGGCAUGGGGGUCCGCGCGCAGCCGACGCCGUCGUGGGCACGGGAGCCCCUCUUCGAGAAGGCCGUGACCCCAAGCGAUGUCGGCAAGCUCAAUCGGCUCGUGGUACCGAAGCAACACGCCGAGAAGCACUUUCCCCUGAAGCGCACCCCGGAGACGACGACCACCACCGGCAACGGCGUGCUGCUCAACUUUGAGGACGGUGAGGGGAAGGUGUGGAGGUUCCGGUACUCGUAUUGGAACAGCAGUCAGAGCUACGUGCUCACAAAGGGCUGGAGUCGCUUCGUCCGUGAGAAGGACCUCGCUGCCGGCGACUCCAUCGUGUUCUCGUGCUCCGCGUACGGGCAGGAGAAGCAGUUCUUCAUCGACUGCAAGAAGAACACGACCGUAGACGGCGGCAAAUCUGCGUCGCCGCUGCCGGUGGUGGAGACUGUCAAAGGAGAACAAGUCCGCGUCGUUAGGCUGUUCGGUGUCGACAUCGCCGGAGUAAAGAGGGUGCGAGCGGCGAUGGCGGAGCAAGGCCCGCCGGAGUUAUUCCAGAGGCAAUGCGUGACACACGGGUGGAUCUCCACUGUCUAUCAAUACCAAACUCAAUUGAUCCAGCGGCUGAUGUUUCUUCAAUUCGCGUUGUACGGGUGCAUGCCAAAACACUGCCAAUCUGGAUCUUUCUAGACUUGUCACGGACGCGCUGCUCGCCUGCACCCUAGCGGUCUGCUGCAGUGGAGAAUUAAAUAUUCCAUCAACGAGUAUUUACAUGUCAAAACGCUCAAAAGCAAACGUAGCAACAAGCCUUUACAACAGCUGCAGCCUGAUAGUCAAUUUUGAAAAUCCAACUGUUUAAUUAUAAGGCACCAGGUGCAUAGCAUGUACCUUCUACUAGUUAACUUAUAUGUAUCUAUCAAUUGAUGUUUAUCAUCUCCCCGCAAAAAUAAUAAUUGAUGUUCAUCAUCA